AUGCGACCUUCUUCCAUCAUCGGAAAUCUUCUUCCCAUCAAUUCCUCUCAUCAUGAUGCGACCCUGAAGAAGAAUGGUUCCAAUAAUAUCGUGAUGAAUCCAACAAACACAACUACUUCACCCUUCCAAAAAGAAAUACCACAAACACCCCUUUCUGCUCGCUCGCAGAGUUCAAUGUCGUCCUCCUCAUCGCCUGCUUCAGCUAUCACGACUCCCAUUAGUAGCUUGAGUGGAAAUUCAACGAGAUCUUGGAUUUCAUCUUCAUCGGCCUCCUCAGCGACCACCAUCACGAACAUCACCAAUUCGUUCCACCCACCUAAUCUCAAAUUUCAACAACACCAGUCUUAUCAUAACGUUCAUCAUCCAUUGAGCCAAACUUCUUCAGAGAGUGGAGGUGAGAUGUUUGAUGCAAAACAAUACAACGAAACUGCAACAGAGGAGAUUGAUAAGGAAUUGGAGGAUGAUGAUUUGUGGUUUGUGGAUGAAGAGCUUGGUGACACUGAGUGGAAUCUCGAAAAUCAGCCCUCCAAUAAUGGCUCUGAGACUUUUCCAAGCUCCAUGCAGACGACAACCACCACAACUUCUAUUAACAAGGAUGAAGAAGAAAUUGUCUUGGAUCUUGAUGACGAUUUUGUGGAAGCUCUGUCAUCCUUAGAGAAGUCCUCAUCCAGCAAUCAUAACAACGUCGACACGAACAAUAGAGAGUCUUUCAAUCCGCCUCUCCAACUUCAGCCUCCUCCUCCUCCCUCACACUCCCUUACACAAGCCUCAGAAGAGCCCAUUGACCUGACCGAUUUGGAAGAAAUAAUGUGGCAAGACGUCGAUGACAUUCCACCGAUUAAUCCACAACUGCAACAUGCCAUAGAGAAUGCUCCCCAUAACACCUCAUUCACAACAUCCGACAAGUUUUCUCUCUACUAUUAUAUACCUGAACAGAUCGCUGACAAUUACAAGCACACUACUCUGUAUCCUUGGCAGGUGAGUUUACUCCACGAUACAGGAGUUUUAGAAGGACAAAAUCUCAUCUAUUCUUCUCCAACCAGUGGUGGUAAAACACUCGUGAGUGAAAUCGUCAUGGUUCGAAGACUUACACAAGACAAAUCAAAGGUCAUCUUCAUUUUACCAUUUAAGGCCAUUAUUGAGGAGAAAGUUUCAGAUUUGAACGGAAAAUUCAAGGAUGUUGGAUGGAAGGCAAAUCCCUAUCAUUCAGAGGCUGUAAAAAUCUCAGAAAUUGCCUCGUUCAAUGAUGACGAUGAACGAGUCAUGGUUUGCACGUUUGAGAGAGCAAAUAGCAUUCUCAACGGCCUCAUCUCAUCUGGAAAAAUUGAUGAAAUUGGUGCGAUCAUUAUUGACGAACUUCAUAACAUUACUGAUCCAAGUAGAGGCUAUAUACUCGAACUCAUUCUCACAAAGAUUGUUUACUUAAAACCCAAAAUUCAAAUCAUUGGAAUGUCAGCUACCUUGCACAAUGUAGAAAAAUUGGCUAAUUUUUUGAAUGCACACCUGUUUGUCACUGACUAUCGACCUGUGCCACUCUCUGAAUAUCUGGUUCACAAAGAAAAGGUGUAUAGUGUGUGUAGCAAGUCAAAUGGCAAGAGCCAUUCGAGUAAUUCUGGCAAUGAUAUGAAGCAUGGAGAAGCUUUACUAGUUCGAGAGUUACCCAAGCCGAACAUUGCAAAUAUGAAAUUACCAGAACGAUUUGAAAUUUUCAUUCUUCCCCUACUUGAUACCAAUUUUUCAACCCUAAUAUUCUGUAGUUCUAAAGCCAAAUGUAAAUCAUAUGCGAAGUUUAUUGCAACUCAAUACUUUCGAGAAAACAUAGCUGAACACUUGCGACAACAGAGGCAAGAAGAAAUCAAUAGGUUACGCUUUUCAUCGUCUGGAUUGGAUCCUGACUUGAAAAUUUGCCUCGAGCAUGGUGUUGGUUUUCACUAUUCCUCACUCACGAUGGAAGAAAAGAAGCUUGUAGAAACAUCAUUCAGGAAUGGUAUGAUCAAAGUACUGCUAUGUACAACCACUUUGGCAACAGGUGUAAACUUGCCAGCUAGGCGUGUCAUUAUUACAUCACUAAGCAUGGGUACAGAUUCGUUGGAUGUGGCCACCUACAAACAAGCAUCCGGUCGAGCGGGUAGAGCAGGAAUUGACAUCACUGGAGAAUCAUAUCUUUUCGUACCUUCUCUAGAGCAAGGAAACAGGUUACUUUCGUCUCAUUUUGCCUCAAUGUUUUCUUGCCUUAAUGAGAAACAAAUUUCAAGAGCUCUUUUGGAAAACAUUUCUACAGGUACAAUUAAGACAGCAGAUGAUAUCGAAAGGGUUCUGAGUUGCACUUUUCUUUCAAAGUGUUUACCACCCCAUCAAAUGCAUCAACUAUCCAAGAAUGCACGAAACUUUCUUCAUGAAAAAGGUUUCAUCGAAUGGGUUGAGAAAACACAAUCCUUUGUUUGUACUGAUCUUGGGAAAGCAACACAAGUGUCGAACAUUGACUUGCAAGAUGCGCUCGAAUACUAUACAGCUAUGAAACACUGUGAACAAGGCUUUUAUCUCGCAGAUGACAUGGGUAUUCUUUUCUUGCUUGCUUCGUUUGUUCCUGAAGGAUAUAAUGACGAACAUAAAUUGAGAGGGGAUGCAGAGAGGAUUAUAGAGAUUGGCCACUCGCGAAAACAAUUCAAACAAUUUAUUGACAGACAGGAUAUUGGUUUCUCUCAAUUCAAAGAAGCUCUUGCUUAUUGCAUGGUCGAUAGGACUCGACUUUUGGCAUUGAAAAAUCGAAUUUAUGCCUUGAGAAGAACUUUUAUUCUGUAUGACAUUACGAGAGAGUGCAAAAUAGAUUGGAUUUCCACAACAUACUAUAAUAGUGCCGAUCAAAGAGGCAUUGUUCAAUCCAUUCAGAGAGAUGCAGCUGCAAAGGCCUCCGUACUCUCGACCUUUUCUUCUAACAUUUCCAUAUCUCCAAUUUUUUUCGAAUCAUUUCGAAGAGUUAAGGAAAUGUUGUUAUGUGGAGUUCCUCAAGACCUGGUACCACUUGUGCAACUUCCUUUCAUCGGCUCCUCUACAGCAAGACUAUUAUUUAAAGAAGGUUACAAGUGUAUCCGUCAGGUUGCAGAAGAAGACCCCUACAUUAUUGAGAGAAUCAUUUCGAAAAAUUGCAACAAUGGAGAGCAAUCUCGGGCAUUCGAUAUUGUAGAGGGAGCAAAAGAGAUUGUCAAACAAAACAUUCUACCGCGAGAUUGGAUUGAUGGACGUGAGGAGGAUCCGGAUCAAUAUAUUGGAAAACGAAAGAAAAAGUCUAGGUCAAAAAAUGCGCCGAAAAAGAAAAAACAAGACACCAUUAUCGAAAUUAAGGCAGAUGACGAUAACAACAUGGAGGAGUUGGAAAAUGAUUGGAAGAACUGUUGUGCAUUUUCGUUUUGUUUCGAGUUUGGUCUUCAAAAGAAAAAAGAUAAUCCAACAUCAUUUAUCAAGAAUAGGGAUCAAUAUUUUGUCAAAGCGUUGGCCAUAUGUUUCAACACAGAGCACGAAACUAUUUUGAUGAACAAUAGCUGUGAGACAAUCAACCCAAAUACUCCAUCCAAAUCUUACUUUAUCCAUGUCACUAAAAGCGAAAAGAGAAAGGACUUCAUUAAGAAAAUAUUCUCGGAUGGCACUCGUAAAAAAAUUACAUACUCCCUCAAGAAGCAACAAACAAAGAUACUACAAUGCUGGAACUUUAUAAUUAGAGAUCCUAUUUUGGACGUUAUGAUUGCAGAAUGGAUUCAAUAUCCUGACGAUUCUGAGAAUGAGAAUUCUUUAGAAGAAAUUUAUGUCAAGUGUUUCCCGUCCAAACAAUUUUUAUUUUCACCAAGCAACAACGAUCAUUUCAUUGUCAAGACUGCUGCUCAAUGCUGGCCCAUUAUUUCUCUAUUGGCAGUUCGUAUCCACAACUAUAACUUAUCUGGCAUGUUUGAUUUUGAGAUGAGCUUUGUAAAAGUACUCAGCACAAUGGAGAAGAAUGGAAUUCGUUUCGAUUAUGACUGGAUUAAACGAAAUAAUUCAAUCAUUGAAGCAAGACUACAGGAGAUUAACAGUCAGCUUAAUAGUCUACCGGCUCUCGAUGGAAGAACCAUAAAAACUUGCAACAAUGAUGAUGUUGCGUUUCUUCUCUUUGACAAGCUAAGGAUGCGAGGAACUGAAAGAAAAACGAACAAGGAAAUUUUGGAAAAGUUGAAAAAACUGUAUCCUGAUAAGGCCCAUAUUAUGUCACUCAUUAGUGAGUAUCGAUACUUACUGAAUAUCAAGACACAUCACAUUCAAAACAUUCCCAAUGAUAUCAAAUAUUGUGUCAAUAGAUCAGAAUAUCGAAUAUUUGCAACUCAAAUGCAAACAACUUCUGCGACGGGAAGAUUGAGUGUGAAAAAUCCGAAUCUUCAAAAUAUUCCAAAAGACAUUACCAUUAAGAACCCACACUAUGGAGUUAACGGAGAUGAUAAGGAGCAUGUUGUGAUUAGCAUUCGAAGUGGAUUUAUACCAAGAAAGGGCUUUGUCAUGCUCUCAGUGGACUACAAAAAUAUUGAAUUGCGAAUUCUUGCUCAUUUUUCGAAAGAUCCAGCUUUGACUGAAAUAUUGAAAAACGAAUCGAGAGAUAUUUUCGAAGAGAUUGCACGAAAUUUUUGGAACAUCCCUGAAGGGGAGGUAAUUCCUCAGACCUAUCGAAGCUUGGUGAAACAAAUCAUCUAUGGAAUUUCCUACUGUAUGGGAGCUGCCACUCUCUCUGAAAAAAUGUUUAACAGCGAAAAUGAAGAUCAAUUGUUGAGACCAGGUGAAGACAAAAUAGAGGCAGCAGAAAGAUACAAGCAACAAUUUUUUGAAAAGUAUCACCAUCUCAAAUUGUUUAAAGAUAAGGUCGAAGCUACUCUCGUUGAAAAACAUUGGAUCACCACUCUCUUUCAUCGAAAGAGAUUUAUGCACGAUAUUGCCUCCACAGAUUCUUCCUGUAGGGCUGCGGCAAGAAGAGCUGCUCUCAAUACUGUUAGCCAAGGCUCCGCUUCCGACAUUAUGAAAAUUGUCAUGCUUGGCAUUUAUAACUUUAUGAGACAUUUCAAUCGAAAGGAAAUGAGAUCAUACAUGCUUGUUCAAAUCCAUGACGAGUUACUCUUUGAGGUUAAAGAGGAAAGUGUGAAAAUAUUCACGUGGUGUGUGAAGAGUAUUAUGGAAUCCACUUGCAAGCUGAGAGUGCCACUCGGUGUAAAGUGUCAAGUUGGUGACUCUUGGGGAACCUUAAAAGAUUACACGGUUGAUGAGAGAACACUUUCCCAACAGGAAAAACAAGAAGUAGCCAAACUGGAAGAGUCACUCGGCGCAGGUUGGGCCAAACGCUUAAAUAUUCGGCAACUCGGUCUCCUUCCCCAUCACGAAGAGCCGUCUGAGGACAAUGAGGAUCAAUACGAUGAGAAUGACGAUGAGGAAGCUUGGCAAGUGGACUCUCCUUCAAAUUGA